CUCUUUCAACCACCUCCAACUUCUCCUCUUUGUUGCUUUGCUCCUGCUUACUACUACUCUGGCACUUCCCCCUCCCUUUCCACCAUAUUGGUGAUUGAGACCUUCUUCGAGACCUUCUGCCCGCGCAUGUGAUGUCACUGCUUUUACCUGUAUAUGAGGGGCUCUACCAACCUCGCCAUUAAUCUGGGGUGGGAACAACAAAAGCGAUUCUCAGACCGACCAAAAAAAAAUAGAUCAACAAAAAAAAGUCAAAACAGAAAAAGGUCUGACAGUGCAAUCUGCGAAAGAGUCAUCGCCUGCCUAUAAUACCAUCUGAUAUGUGCUGUGACUCCACAACCAGAUCUCUUCGCGUGCUCCAUCGGAAUUCGGGAGCCUGAACAGGGAUUUAUAUAGAUCCCCCACAUGUUUGGCAUUCACAGGUUUCUCACCCGGCGUGAGCGAAAACAUGCCAAAGAUGAGACAUCGAAUGUCCUUUCUCGUCCCCAUUUCCGCGGUUUCUUCUCUUCCGACAAGGUUCCCAAUGGUGACACCAACGAGGAGCAAAAGAAGAUCAAGAUCUUGGACCAACGCGUCGCGCAGCUUGGUAUUGCCGGCUUAAAAGAAGAACACUUCGGUUAUGCGUUGCAAUCGGAGUACGCCAAAGGGGAUGUAGAUAAGGCAUUCGAGCUUCUCAUGAUCCUUGAGGAUUCGAUUGAGGGCAUCAUAAGAGGGUACACGCCGACCACGAAGCUUCUUGGUGCAGUGAACCGCGAAGGGGUUACCUGCUACCUAGAUGCAUUGCUUUUUGCUAUGUUCGCGCGAUUAGAUUGCUUCGAGGCAAUUCUUUACCAGUCCUUCAACGACGAACCUCGUCGGAAAUUGUCGAUACUGCUAAGACUGUGGGUCAACAUGCUGCGGUCGGGAAGGCUCAUAACAACGGAUCUUACCAAACAUUUGCAGGAAGCUCUCGCAGAAUGCGGCUGGGAAGAUGCAGCCAAACUUCGCCAGCAGGAUACCUCGGAAGCGUUUACCUUCCUCACGGAGAAGCUAGAACUACCACUUCUCACAUUGAAGAUGGAUAUCUACCAUACCGGCAAAGAGGACAUCAGCGGCGAUCACAAAUUUAUCAACGAAAGAUUGUUAGAGGUUGCGAUACCUGAGCCGGUUGACGGCCAGACCGUGACCCUGGAAGAUUGCCUGGAGUCAUACUUUAACAAUAGGAUCGAGGUGAAGCGAUAUUUGGAACGGCGCAAUACGGUUGGCUCCACUAGAUCUGUGGAUUCGCUGGCCAAGGGCUCCAUGACACAUGUUGAGACCGUGGAGGUCGGGUCGCCCUUGUCGCCAUGCGCAAGCCAGUCAACCUCAGACAUGACCCCAGUAGCCUCACUGACGGAAGCGAUCGACUUGGAUCGCCCGUCGUACCGACGAAACAGUAUCGUUCAGGAGCGGUUUUUCCCCAGCAUGGGAGAUGGGAAAAUGAAGGACAGUGCGAUUACGUCUCAGAGAAGAGGGUCGUACAGGAAAGAGGUAAUGAUGCCUGCAUGGCAGUUCUUCAGCCUAAUACCAUGGUACACCGACAAUACACCGACAAAUGACGCGCAGGUUGCAGCACACUUUUCUUCGAAGCGACCGAUCUUGGGGAUGUGUCUGAAGCGCUAUUCCAUGUUAGCCAAUGGAAAGGCAGCCCGGCUUAACACAUUUGUCGACAUUCCGACCGAGAUUGGAUUGCCGCAUUUCAUUCAAGAUGAUAGCAUGGAAGAAGAAGGCCCUAUAUACGGGAAUUUCAAGCUGUCCUUACAGGCAAUGGUUUGCCAUCGGGGCAACUCGGUCGAUUCCGGGCACUAUAUAUCCAUCGUCAGGGGUACUAGUGCAGGCGCGCCUCCAGCUAGUUCUCAUGGAAUUGAUCAGGAGGAUGUGCCCUCCGAUGCUUCGAAAUACUGGAUGCGUUUCGAUGAUUUGGCGAAGGAGCGUGUCACACUGGUCGACAUUGAGCAGGCCAUGAAACAUGAAUCCCCGUAUCUCUUGUUCUUCCAGAUCUUACCCGUCAACGAAGAUGCUGCGGCGGCCAACCUGUUCAAAAAGCCCCCUUCUUCCGAAUUGUCGAUGGAUUCCCGUGAAUCCGAGCCCUGUGGGAUGGCGCAGAAACUACAAACCCUGUCUGUAGACGAUGCCGGCGGCGAUCGUACCGAGGGUUGCCCUUCUGGCCGGCCAAGUUUCGAAAUCACUGGCCCGGAUGGAGCAGAGCCUGCCCCGGCGAGUCAAAAUGGAAGAAAAGCGAGUGUCGCGUUCUCGGAGGUUUUUGAUCCAGGCCCGAUGCCGUCGUUUCCACCCAGUUCGCCCAGACUCACCCCCAGAGACGAGGACGGCCGAGGAUCAUUUUCCUUUUCUCGGCGCAGUUCUAGAGGCAUGAGGAGCAACCCGGGCAGCCGGGCUGGCAGUCAAGCUAGCGAGAACCGAAUCAGCGCUACGUUUUCACGGUUCACGGGGCGACUGAGCCGGGAUAAGUUUACCGGCGAAGGGCUCUCUCCCGAAAGUGACGGCCAUGAGUUGAUGGACAACGAGCUGAGCCCGGGCGAGAAACUGCCUCCACCGAGCAACGAGCGCAAGGAUCGGAGCCCCCGACGGACUCGUGAUUCCGAGCGGUAUCGCGACAAGCUGAAGGACAAGUCGCGGGAGAAGAUCGGGCGGAAAUUGGACCGGGAGUGUGUUCUGAUGUGACCCGAUGUGACGUGACGUGAUGUGACCAUGUUGAUGACCCGAAAUUCUUUCCCCCGGAUGCACGCACGUGCUGGCGUUUUGUAGACGGCAUAGCGAGUCGAUAGAGGAGCAGGCGGCAAACGUCGAAGUGAGUUUGUUAGCAUAGCAUAGUUAGAACAUAAGUACUUAGCAUACCUAGCGUCUGCAAUAUCAG